ACUAAAGUAGUGGACUGACCAACAGACUGACGUUAACAUCAGAGCCAUGCUGCUAGUGUGGCUAAAAGAGAAGAGAAGAAGAGACAGUCAUGUUGAUAUGAACAUUAGAGAAACACAUCAUGGAGCUGAAAUAUGAUCCUGCUUCAUCAUUUGAACUCCUUCACCUCAGCUGACACGUUCACCAGCAGACAGGUUUUUGUACCAGUCUUUCUCACUGUGAUCCUCAUCUUUGGUUCUGGGACUAAACUGUAUGUAACAGAUGAGCAGGUAGUGAAGCCCGUGGUGAGCGUGUACCCAGCAGCAUCCAGAGUCCACCAGGAGGGGAAGAGCUCCCUGCUGUGUCUGGCCUCAGCCAUGUUUCCUCCUCUGGUCCAGUUCUCCUGGAAAAGACAGAAGGAGGACGGCUCUCUGGAGGAGCUGCUCCCUGCUGAGGGAGAUCAGCUGGAGAUCAGAGAGUCAGGACGCUCCGCUGCCAUCAGGGUGGUCGAUCGUGAUGCUUUCUACACACAGAAAUACAUCUGCUACGUCAAGCAUGAGGGGGGAACAGUGGAGGCCCAAACACAACAAGAUGUUUGUCCCUGGCUUCAGACGCUCUUAAACCAAGUGAAGCUGCUCUUGCUGCUGUCCACAGUGCUGAUGGUGAAGAGUCUGGUGUACUGCUGUGGACUCUCUCUGCUGAUGAUCCUCAGAAACAAGGGACCGUCCACCAACUGCACACAUGCUGACUGACUGUUUUCUGCUGGACUUUUCUCUCCAUCAAAUCUCAUCAAUUCAUCUCAUUCAUCACUUUGAUCAGGAUU